UUCUCGAUGUGCAAUUUAUAAAUUCACAUUUAUGAAAAAUUCCAUGUUCAUUUAGUGGAUACUCAAUAUAAUCUUAAAUAACGAGAAUCUGACUUUGAAUACUUUGAAUGCAAACUUUUGUUAUUUUCUCAAUAGUGAAAGGGCAUUAUAACAUUUAAAGUUUAAUCGUUAAGAUUCGGCUUACUUUAGUUUGCAAUCCUCUCAUAAUACGUACAACAUAUGCAAUUUACGUUUAAAUUCAGUACAAAGCAUUAUACGUAAAAAUGGAAGGAGAUACUGCAGAACUAGCAUUCUUGAAUAAUACCAAAUCGGAGAUAAUUUGUAAAGCAAAGAAGGACCAUAUAACGCUUCUACAUCGGGAAUCCAAAUGCUCGUCGCAGACGUUGACAUCUGAAGCUGAUGCUAAUAUAGAAGUUGGAAACAUUGAGAGGGGACUAUGGGCGAACAAACUGCAAUUCUUUCUUGCAAUCUGUGGCUACAGUAUCGGAAUAGGAAGUGUUUGGAGGUUUCCGAUUACAUGCAGUCGGAAUGGUGGUGGGGCUUUCCUGAUCCCAUUUUUCUUCUUCCUGAUCACAGCCGGUGGACCCCUUUACUACCUCGAAGUUUGCCUGGGACAGUUUACAGGAAAGAGUGCAGGAUUGGCAUUCGAAUGCUGUCCAUUGCUUAAAGGGAUAGGUGUGUUGCAAGUUGUGCUCUCCUUGGGGGUUUUAUGGUUCAUCAUUAUGGUUCUAGCGUGGGUCUGCUACUUUCUCUACAGCUCUUUCUUCCCCGUGUUACCAUGGACAACGUGCAAUAACCACUGGAACACUCCUCACUGCACGCCUUUAUCGGAUAUGUGGGUUGCUAACAUUGUACAUGUAAACGGAAGUGACAUCAAAUCCAAUAUGACGUCAAAUGCAGUGACUUUCAGCAUAAACAGCUCGUCGGCAUUUGAGUUCUGGGAAUUCAAUGCAAUUGGUCGGUCUUCUGGAUUUGAAGAGAUGGGAAGCAUGCAGCCUCAUUUAGUCAUUUGUCUGCUGAUAGCCUGGGUAUUCACUGUUCUGGCUGUGAUCAAGGGUGUCAAAACGCUUGGAAAGGUCGUGUAUGUAACAGCAACCACCCCAUAUCUCUUCCUGACGAUCAUCUUCAUUAAAGGGUUAACGAUGGAAGGGGCCGCGGACGGGAUUAAAACUUACGUCACUCCGGAUUUCUCGAAACUUCUCACGUUUCAGGUUUGGCUAGAGGCUGCCAUACAGGUCUUCUGUUCGUUAGGACCAUCAUGGGGAGGUGUCAUAACCAUGGCUAGCUAUAACCGCUUCCAUCAAAAAUCGUUUUGCCGGAACCUCUCCCCUCCCCCUUAA